AUGGAACUUGGAAGGAGGAAUGCAAAGAAAUACACUUUCAAAUGUCCUGACUUAACAGAGUUGAAGAAGCUUGGUUCUAUGUUAGUUAGUCUAGAGGAUUUCAGAGCUCAGUAUGGAAGACUUAUGGGUAUCUUGAAGACCAAGGUUGAAGAUGGAGUUCUCAACACCCUGGUACAAUUUUAUGAUCCACUCUACCAUUGCUUCACAUUUACACACUACCGGCUUAUGCCUACUCUAGAAGAAUACUCUUAUUGGUUCGGUUUGCCAGUGUCUGACAAAUUACCAUUCAGUGGUUCAGAAAAGACCCCUACAUCAGCAACUAUUGCAGAAGCACUUCACCUAGAAACGUCUGUUGUGAAGGCCAACUUCACUAAAAAAGGAGGGAUUCUAAGUCUAACCUCUAGAUUCCUGUCGGAGAAAGCCUUUAUCUUUGCAGAAGCAGAUAGUAGAGAUGCCUUUGAAGCCAUUUUUGCUUUACUCAUUUAUGGAAUUGUGCUCUUCCCAAACAUUUAUGACUUUGUGGAUGUUAAUGAUAUACAAAUCUUCUUAAUUGGCAACCCAGUACCCAUAUUACUUGGAGAUACAUACCUUUCUAUCCAUCACAGGACAAAGAAAGGUGGUGGAACCAUUCUUUGUUGUGCACCUCUCCUAUAUAAGUGGUUUAUUUCUCACUUACCUAGAUCCAGGCUCUUCAGGGAGAAUCCACAGAAGCUCAGAUGGUCUCAGAGGUUCAUGUCCAUUGAUCAAGGGAGUAUACAUUGGUAUGACCCCUCCUAUGAUGUUGGAGUAAUUAUUGAUAGUUGUGGUUUCUUUUACCUCAAUGAAGAAGAGAGUUCCAGUCUAAAGGAUAGAAUCAUACAUGCUUGGCGCAACAUUCACAGGAAAGGAAAAGACCGAUUAGGAAGAAAGAAUUGUGUUGCUUUUGAGCCCUACACCCAAUGGGUUUAUGGUAGAGCUAGUGAAUUUAAGAUGCCCUAUGCUCUUGAGAAACCUUCAUUCCCUUUUGCUAUAACAUCACCAUCCACCAUUCCUAUUGAGUAUAUGGAAGAGAUUCAAGAAGUUUUGGAUAGGUUGAAAUUGGAAAGAGGCACUUGGGAAGGCAAGUACCAUAUCUUGAAUGAUAAGAAGAUGAAGAUGGACCAACAGCUAAAGGAGAAAGAUGAUUUGAUUGAGAUUUUGGAACAACAAGUUGUGAAGAAACAGGAGGAACAAGAAGGUUUACUUCUCGCAAAAGUCCAGUCAUUUCAUGAGUACUCCAAAAUACCUCCCACCUUAGGUGCUUGGAAGGGAAUUGUCGAUAAGCUUAUGAUCGAGAAUGCUCAGCUAAAGAGGCAGAAAAGGAAGCAUCAGCCAACAGCAAGACCUUCUUCAUAUGAGAUUCCUUAG